UUCCAAAUGUUGUCGCAAAAGGAAUUCACCACAGCUUGGCGUUUUUGGCUGAUCUGGAUGGCCUUAAUGUGUGCUGGCAUUUUUCUUUGCGCCAAGCAGCUUACCGAUGCAUACAACCGCCAGUCCCAGGAGCAGAACAAGACCCAGACCAUCGCUAACGACACCGUGGACAAGGCGGUCAAAGAAACUCUGGUGGAAGGCAUCAGGACAGAGGCGCAGAAUCCACCAAUUGACGACAUCUAUGCGAUUUUAAGACGCCCCCUAGUCGACCUUAUCUACGAGCAUGCCUUGCGCCACAGCAAAGCUGCAGGAUGCCUCGGGGCCAAGAAAAACAUCACCAUGAAGACAGGUAUUUCAAAACUACGACAUCCACAACGUCGCAAGCGGCAGGCUGAGGAGAAAACGGCUCUUGAACCGAUCUCUCGCCUCAACAUCACCAAGGACGCAAUGCGUCUUAAGGGCUUGAAACUCCUAAAGAUAAUCGGGGGUGCCAUCAACGAGCAAUUACACUUUGGGGAGCGCGAACAACCGAAAAUAAGGCCCGGGGACGAAUCAGCCAAGCAGUCUCGAUCCCCAGUUCAGAUCCUGACUCCCCGUGGUAUUUUUAUUGGCCCCCUGAAUGAGUUCAAGCAGUUGGUGGCACAGCGACGUUGUCCAUUGCAUGGCUUGUUAACUUUCAAGGAACAAUCAGCGGGUCCUUGCAAGUGCUGUGGCAAAUAAAAUCGCGACUAGAAGCGACACUUACACACACACACACACAUACACACAUAUCCACACUGAAAAGCGAAUCAGUUUGGGUCUCUUUUCCCGAUAGAGUUGUUGAGACGCUUUGAAUUAUAUUUCUUAAGGGUCCUCAGGACUACAGUUCCUUACCAUUUAUAUAAUAUUUAAGCAAAGGAGGAAGUCACAAAUCAUAUUGAAGAAGAAUAAAUAAAAUUUCUUAGGUUGCUAGUUCGAGGUAAUAUGAGUAUAGU